AUGUCUUCCAAGGGAUUGAAACUGCAGAAAUCAACCAAGCGGAAGGAUAGCGAAAUCUCUGAGAAUUUCGAUGCUCAGAAAUCUAAGAAGCCGAAGCUGGAAUCGUCUAAUUCCGACCAAAAACACCAUACCUCUCAGCAGAGUGGUACACUGUCGAAGAAGGAGCGUCGUAUACAGGCUAAGCUUUUAACAGAAGCUAGGAAGAAGAGGAGAAAGCCACAUUACACUCUUGAGCAAGAGCUUGCAACUCUAUGGGAGAAGAUGAGACGAUUUGACAUUAGCAAGGAGGAUCGAUCAAAGCUGAUAGCGGAAGCUGUACAAAAGAUGAAGGGGAAGAUUCCAGAUAUUGCAGGUUCUAAAGUUUCAUCCCGCGUUCUCCAGACUUGUGUGAAGUAUUGCUCAGAAGCUGAAAAGGAUGUUGUCUUUAAAGAACUCCAGCCACACUUUCUUAGCCUGGCUACUAAUGCAUAUGCUGUUCACUUGUUAAAGAAGAUGAUGGAUGGAGCAUCUAAGCAGGAGCUGUCAGCUUGUAUAUCCAGCCUCCGGGGAAAAGUGGCUAAUCUCCUCCGUCACAUGGUCGGAUCUGUUGUUGUGGAGCAUGCAUACCAUCUAGGAACUGCAGCACUAAAACGAGAACUCCUUGGAGAAUUGUAUUCCAAGGAACUUCAAUUAUUCAAGGGCAUGACCACAACUACUGAAACAAGGGUGGUAGACAUCAUCGCGAAGCUACAACUACAAAAAGGCGGUGUGAUGCGACGCAUGACGUCCAUUGUCCAACCGAUUCUUGAGAAGGGAAUUGUCGACCACACUAUCACACACAAAUUGCUGAUUGAAUACCUGACAAUAGCUGAUAAGCCGUCUGCUGAAUUUGUGAUUCAGCAUCUGACAGGUCCCCUUCUUAUACGUAUGGUUCAUACCCGUGAUGGUUCUAGGGUUGCCAUGCUUUGUAUCAAACAUGGAAGUGCUAAGGAGAGAAAGAAGAUUAUCAAAGCAAUGAAAACCGAUGUUGGAGAAAGCCAUGUAGGAAAGAUUGCCUCUGAUCAGUUUGGAAGUAUGGUGCUUGCAUGUAUUUUUUCUAUAGUUGAUGACACAAAGCUAGUUACCAAGAUUAUUGUUCGUGAGCUUAUGGCCAUCUUAAAAGAUCUUGUUAUGGACAAGAAUGGAAGGAGAACACUAUUGCAGCUACUGCAUCCAAAUUCUUCACGUUACCUCAGUCAAGAUGAUCUGGCUUCUCUUGAUCUGACUAUUCCGUCCUUAAUGGAUAAGUCAGAGACAUCCUCUAAAAAAAGGGACUCGGAUAGUAAAGAAUCUGGUGAGGAGGCGAAUGAUGAACAAGAGGACAUAGAUCUUGAAGAAAAUGUCGCUGUUGCAGGUGGUAAAAAAGAUCCCCUUUUGAGAAGGCAGGAAUUGCUAGUCAACAGUGGCCUUGCUGAGAGGCUUAUUGAUGUGUGCGUGGAGAACGCUGAGGAAUUCCUCAAGUCAAAUUUCGCCAAAGAGGUCGUGUAUGAGGUUGCAAUUGGGGGGUAUGAUGGUAUUCUGUGUCCAUCUCUGAGCGAGAAACUGAGUGAACUCUACGAAGCUAUUGCCUCUGUAGCAGCAAAGCCGAAACCCCAAGAACUAGAGAAAAAUUCAGAGCCGAAAGCCCAAGCAGCAAAACCGAAAUCCCAAGCAGCAAAGCCGAAACCACAAGAACUAAAGCACGUCCUGGAGAACUUUCACUCAAGUCGAACCAUAAGAAGGCUUGUCUUGGAUUGCCCUGCUUUUGCUUCCAUUCUCUUCAAGAAGGCAUUGUCUGGAAAUUGUCGGUCGUGGGCUCAAGGACACUGUGCAAAGAUAUUAUCUGCUUUCCUAGAGACUCAAGAUCUUCAAGUGCGUGAGAUGGCUAAGAAAGAGCUUCAAGUGUUGGUGAAUGAAGGUGUUCUGAAAAUCUCAGAAACCAAAAAACCCGAAUGA